GGCCAUUUUGCAACUCGGCCCCAGACAGCCGCCCUCCCGACAUGAGCACCAUCCGCAACCGGUUCAACCAAGAGCAGACGCCGACGACCGAGGUCUCGCUGGGCCCCGCGGUCUACGAGGGCGAGCGCUACGGCAAGAUGUCGGAGCGCCUCAAGCGCCGCAAGGUGCUCCUGCAGACCAACGACCGUAACCCGCGCCUCGUGGGCUUUGCCAUCGGCUUUCUCAUCGUGUGCGCGACCAUGUUCUACAUCCAGUACUCGAUGGCGUCGCGGAAGACCGGCAAGGCGGCGCCGACCUCGUAGUAGACGCCAUUUGUAGAGAUAAUAGUGGUUUCCCCACGUAAGAUUGCAUUGCGUGACGACGACAUGUUGGUUAAACGUCACUGUAGUACGACGAGGACAUGCAGC